CUGUCAUUUCCAGAGGCCCGAGAUCCCGAUGCUCUUCGUCAGAGUGCCCCCCUUCCUACUUGCUUCGCAGUAAUUACUGCAGAGGCGGGUGGGGGUGGCUACCAGGUGAUUUCACAGGGAACUGGUGACCUGCUAGCAGAGCUUUGCACUGAAAUCUGGGAUGGCCGUGAUAUUGUGUCUAUGACGCCACGCGACCGAAACCGUAUACUCGACUUCUAUCAUCGGAAUGUUUUCAGCGCUUACUGCACUGGGUUCGCUUACUCGCCACUGCUCGAGCGAAUCACCCUCUUCGAUGCCACCAAGAACAACUUCGACCAUUUUUAUGACCCUGAUAUGGUUGGCGCAAAUGAUGCGACUCUGCUUCUUGAGCUUCCUCCGGUUAGUUGUUGUAAUUUGUUCAAUUUUUCUGCAUAA